ACACACCAAAAUUUGGUCCGUUAAGCACCAGUCUGGCCCCAGAGAGAUGGUGAAAUUGUCAUUCUGUGCUUUCUUCUAACUGAAUAGUAGCUCUCAGCCUAAACAAAAUCAGUGAGCAGCCUGCUUAACGGUUUCCUAGGCGGGGGCUUUUAUCGCGUGUUGGAGCACUUCAGCACAGGCCGACAGCUAGCUGGGGAAGUGCCAAGUCAGAAAGCUGUCAUUCCCUGCUGGAAUUCAGUACGGUAGUCCCAGGGAGCUUGGCAGCCCCCCCUCCCUUAUGCGGCUCUUUAGAUCUCACCUUGAAGCUCUAGGAUCCUAGCACUACCCUCCUACUCAACCCCCAUCCCACCCUUGAAGUUUAACUCCUGCGCGGCGAUUAUCUUCGCGUGUCAGUACCUUUCUUUUCUUUUUGUUUCGGCACUACUACCAACAUCGGCUCGCUCGGUAAAACGUUCAACAUGGAAUCCUCUUCCCCGGAAAAGAAGAAACCGAAACCGAAGAUGAUGUUUAAGAAGCGGACUUUUGACAAGACACCCAAUGGCCAAGUCAAAACGGUUGGGCCGACGGACGAUAUCAGCUUCUUCAGCCGCUCCAAAGAAUCCUUUGUCAGCGCAGCAGAAAUCCGCCAACGCGAUCUAGCUAGGGGAGAAAAAGAGAAGGCUGAGAAAUCCCGCUCCCCAUCUUUGACUAUCAAAGGUUCUCCUAAGGGGAAGAAGAGAAAAAGUAGUGAGGAGCUUUCGGAUGAUGAUAUUAAGUUUGGGAGAUCUACAAAUAAACAGAGUGCAUUCCUGCACGGCCGGUGACCAAACAUGUGCUCUCCCCAUGUCCUUCUGCGAGUUGCUAAUGUCUUGUUUUUUCAGCCACAAAAAUGCGAAAAUAAUUCUCGACGAUUCCGACGACGAGGCUUCGCCAUCUGUGCAGCAAAACAGGUACCGCGGAAUUGAACUUACGCCACCUCCAUUCCUCUAUUCUGAACCUGACUUGCCUCGCCCUAUCCCCAAGCCCAACUUCCAGUCGCCAGUAAUUUCUCUUUCGGAUAGCGAGCCAGAGGUUAUAGUUACUAGCAGCGCGCCUCCCCUAGCGAUCGACAACGAUGAUGACGAUGAACUCCAAGAACAGAAUCCCGCCUUGGCUGCGAUAGAGAAGAAGGCAAGGGAGAGAGCUGCGCGCAUGCGCGCGACCCAGUCCCCGUCGGUUGAAUCACAGAGUGCUUCCCUUGGGCCAUGUGUCUCCAUACUUGUUACCUCUGAUAUUCUGAAAACCAAUCCGUUGAUAUGCAAACGCCGAGUGGGACAAACCUUAAAGGAAGUUAGAUUGGCGUGGUGCCAACGCCAAGGUUUUAAUGAGGACACGACCAGCGAUGUUUUUCUUACCUGGAAGGGUAACAAGAUAUUCGAUGUUAAUACUUGCAAGGGCAUGGGCAUCAGCCCCGACGAAGAGGGGAACUUUGAAGAAAACACCGAAGGGGUGAAAGAUAAACAUCUACACUUUGAAGCAAUGACCGCGGAGAUUUUCGCUGAGAGGGAGAGAAGCCGUGAGGCCCAGUACGAUGGUCUUGAGGAGGAGCCAGAGGAAAAAGUAGAGGAGUCUAUUGGAAUUGUCCUUAAAAGCAAAGGAUAUGGGAAUUUCCCCACCAAAGUUAGACCGGUAAGUAAAAAGUUCCUCUCCCAUAGUCCUGGGGACACCACGAACUUACAUAUGUCUACUAGAGUACCAAAAUAUCUGAGCUUAUCGACUCGUUCAGGAUUGCCAGAGCCAUUGAUCCUUCUAAGGCGAUCAUUCUCGACUUCGACGGCGACCAACUAGACCCGGAUGGAGAAAUUCGUGACACUGAGCUCGAAGAUAUGUUCACGGUUGAUGUCUACGUCAACUGAAAGACAAUAUACCAUACCUGUGUACUUGUUCUUUUUCCAUCCCACUAUCCUUCUUCACCUCUUCCCGACUCCUUUUCAUUUUUUUUUUCCGAUAUAGUAUACCAUUACCGUAUCACAAUUACUCAUUAGUUUCCAAUAUCCCAUUCACCCACCGCGCAACUGAUGCGAGCAAAUCGUUUCUACCAUGCAUUGAGGAGUCCGAGUGGUUUUUUCCCUUUACGAAUUGAUUUCCUCUGUUUAGUAAAAAUUCCUGGUUAUUUUUUGUUUAUAUAUAUCCCGGGUGUUGGGUCGCAUUCUUAGGUUACGUGGGCAUGAUUAAAUGCCCCUGGAUGGAGUUUGUUUCGUGUGCCUGCUUGUUCAUCCAGCUAACAUAUUAUGGGAUUGGAGUUUUUGUUUGUCUUGUUUAGCGAGCUUUAGGUCCGUGCAAAGUGUUUUUUUUUUGGGGGGGGGGAACGAUUCUAUCUUCAACGAGAUAGUGUUGGAAUUUGGAAUCUGGCAAGUGUUGGAAAUUUGGGAACAACAGAAAUUCAAGAACAGAGCCACACCAGCACAGUCAAUAUGGCGAGCGUUAGUAUCAGGGGCGAUAGGAAGGGAAGCGUGUGGGUCCCCCUGCUGCGGGGGGCUUGUGUGCGGGUUUUUGAGACUAUUUUGGUUCUGAAUAUCAAACUAGUUUAGUUUACUAGCCUCUAGGUUACUGAUCGGAAAAUAAAUAAAUAGAAUCGAGGCAAGUGGGGGUUACACACUUACCAUCUACAGUUUCUGUCGCUA